AUAACACUGUCCUUUAAUCUCAAAUAUAGCUAAGAAGUUUUUGGUUGCUAGUUUCUACACUUGAAUGGCUUCAAGCUCGAAUUGGACAGCAAAGCAGAACAAAAGAUUUGAGAAUGCAUUGGCAAUGUUGGAGAAGGAUACUCCUGAUCGUUGGCAGAAGCUAGCUAGAGCUGUGGGAGGGAAAACUAUUGAAGAAGUGAAAAGACAUUAUGAGAUGCUUGUUGAAGAUGUGAAGCAGAUUGAAGAAGGACAUGUUCCCCUCCCUAAUUACACAAAUAAUCUUGGUUACACUUACAUAAUGGAUCAAGAUAAAAGGAUGAAGGCUCUAAGUCUCCAUUGAAGUGUGAUUAUGCAAGAAUGGUUCAAUAAAAUAUUUCUCUAUAUGAAUUGUAUCAGGGCAAUGUAUUUCAUAUAUUUCCUAUACCAUUGUUAGAAGGAAUAAAAAUGCAUGGAUCCUAUACAUGUAGGGAUCAAAUUAAUUAUUCCAAUAACAUGUCAAUUGGUAAAUGAUAUAUAUAUAUAUAUAUAUAUAUAUAUAUAUAUAUAUAUAUAUAUAUAUAUAUAUAUAUAUAUAUAUAUAUAUAUAUAUAUAUUUAUAAAACAUUGACAUUUAUUAUAUAUAGGCUUUUGUUUUGUCAAAGUUCAUUUCUCUCGAAUAUAAAUGAUAGAGACUAAAUUUGUAAUCUCAGGAUAGAGAACCUUAUACCAAAACUGUGAAAGUGGUUUGUUUAAUAUAUACAUGGUGUUCCAUGUACAAAACUUAUUCUUAAUAAUGUUUACUGCUUA